AUGCAAGGUCUUUCAAUGAUUCCUCUUGUGAUUUUCACGCUUUCUCUCUAUCCGCGCGACGUAAAUUCUUUCCUGCUACUUUCUUUCGUUCCUCGCCGAUUUCUCAGAGAUUCUUUGUUUGGUUCUUGCUUCCUUUCCUUCUUUCUUUCUUUCUUUCUUUCUUUCUUUCUUUAUUUAUUUAUUUAUUUCUCUUUAUUUCAUGUUUUCUUUCUUUCUUUUUCUCUCUCUUUCUUAAUAUUUCAUUUCGUUUCUUUAUCACAUUAUUUUUUUCUUUUUCUGUUUUUAUCUGAUUCUCCUUUUCUUUCUAUCUUUUUCUUCUUUUUUUUAUCUUACUUUCUUAUUCAAAUUCUCUUUAUCACUGUCUCUCUUUUUUCUAUUUUAUCGCGUUAUUUUCUUUCUUUCUUAUUCUUUCUUUUCUUUCUUCGUUAUUUUCUCUUUCUUUAUCAGAUUCCCACUUUUUCUUUUUUUUUUUCCCUUUCUUUGUUACUUCGUUCUUUCUCUUUCUUUAUCCUACUUCCGUUUAUCACAUUCUUUUUCUUUUUUCUUUCUUUCUUUAGAAUUAUUCUUUUUCAUGUUGUGAUUUUUUCUUUUUCUUUUUUUCUCAGAUUCUUUCUUUUUCUUUCUUCUUCUUUUUUCUUAUCAUAUUUCUUCACUCUUUUUCUUUGUUUCUUUCUUGCUUUUGAUAUAUCACUUCUUCGCCUCUCUUUUUCUUGCCUUCUUUUUUUUCCAUGCUCAGAUUCUGUUUCUUUUAUAAUUUUAUAUUCUUUCUUUCUUUCUUUCUUUCUUUCUUUCUUUCUUUCUUUCUUUCUCAUAUAUUUUUCUACGCCCUUCUUUUUUCUCUUUUUUCUUUUUUCUUUCAGUUUCUAUUUUAACAAUUUUUUUUUCUACCGUUACCAUUGUUUCUUUUGCUUUCUCUCUUUUUCUAUUUUUUCUUCCGCAGAUUCUAUUUCCUUUUUUCUUCCCCAGAUUCUCUUUCCUUUUUUUUCUUCCCCAGAUUCUCUUUCCUCUUUUUUUCUUCCCCAGAUUCUCUUUCCUCUUUUUUCUUCCCUAGAUUCUCUUUCCUUUUUUUUCUUCCCCAGAUUCUCUUUCCUCUUUUUUCUUCCCCAGAUUCUCUUUCCUUUUUUUCUUCCCCAGAUUCUCAUUCCUUUUUUCUUCCCCAGAUUCUCUUUCCUCUUUUUUCUUCCCCAGAUUCUCUUUUCCUCUUUUUCUUGUUUCCCGUUUCACCCUGUCUUUUUUUUUCUUUUUCUUCACAUUCUCUUUUUUUAUCAGAAUUUCCUUUUUUUUCCUUUCACUUUAUUUUUUUUCUUUCAUUCUUCUUUGCAUAAAACUUCUUUAUCACAUUCUUUAACUCUUUCAACUUCUUUUAUUUUUCUAUUUUUGUCCUUCAAAUUUUAUUUCUUUAUCAGAUUAAUUUUUUUUUAA